AUGGCUCAGCUCCAAGCGACACCACCCCAAACCCUAUGCCAGUCCCGCCGGCGGAGCUUCGGCCCGGCGGCGCGGCGUCCGAUGGUGACUGUCCGGUGCUCGGCCUCGGCCCGGAGCAGCUACAGCAUCACUCUGCUCCCGGGCGACGGCAUUGGCCCGGAGGUGGUCGACGUCGCGAAGAACGUCCUCUACGUCGCCGGCGCCAAAGAAGGCGUCGAGCUCCGCUUCCAGGAGAUGCUGAUGGGCGGCGCGGCUCUGGACGCGGUCGGGGUGCCGCUCCCCGACGAAACGCUCGCGGCGGCGCGAUCCUCGGACGGCAUACUUCUCGGCGCGAUUGGAGGGUAUAAAUGGGAUAACAAUGAGAAGCAUCUCAAGCCCGAGACCGGGCUGCUCGAUAUCCGUGCGGGGCUUGGUGUGUUCGCCAAUCUGCGGCCAGUCACUGUGUUUCCGCAGUUAGUAGAUGCAUCUCCUUUGAAGAAAGAGAUAGCUGAAGGAGUUGACAUCAUGGUUGUUAGAGAGCUUACUGGAGGAAUCUACUUUGGCAGACCUAGAGGUUUUGGUACCAAUGAUAACGGAGAGGAAACUGGCUUCAACACUGAAAUAUAUUCAGUUUCUGAGAUUGAUCGUAUUGCACGGGUUGCAUUUGAGGUUGCCCGCAAGAGAGGAGGGAAACUAUGUUCCGUGGACAAAGCGAAUGUGCUCGAGGCAUCUAUGCUUUGGAGGAAGCGGGUAACUGCAAUAGCUUCCGAAUUCCCUGAUGUUGAGCUCUCACACAUGUACGUUGAUAAUGCUGCAAUGCAGCUUGUUAGGAAUCCUAAGCAGUUUGACACAAUAGUGACAAACAAUAUAUUUGGUGACAUAUUAUCGGACGAAGCAUCAAUGAUCACAGGAAGCAUUGGAAUGCUCUCGUCUGCUAGUGUUGGUGAAGCGGGACCAGGUCUAUUUGAACCUAUUCAUGGCUCUGCUCCUGACAUUGCUGGGCAGGACAAGGCAAACCCAAUAGCUACAAUUCUUAGUGGAGCGAUGCUGUUGAAAUAUGGCCUUGGUGCCGAAAAUGCUGCAAAGAGGAUUGAAACCGCUGUCGAACAGACAUUGGACAAUGGGUUCCGAACUGGGGACAUAUACUCUCAUGGAACGACAUUGGUUGGAUGUAAGCGAAUGGGAAUGGAAGUCCUGAAGGCUCUGGAGUCGCAGAAGUAAACUGGUGGCCCCGAUGGGUAGAAAAAACCUGCCUUAUGGGAUGGUAGAAAUCGUGCCAAGAUCUGAACCAGCCGAAGACCAAACUUGUGUGAUUUUUAUUUUUAUUGUUGUAGUUGGGCGGCGGCGAACACAAGUAUGUCUUGUGGUUUUUUCCCUUUUGUGGCUUGCUUGUUGGACAUAUCUGAAGGACCAGUGAUUCAAUUUUUACCUAGAUGAA